GACAAUCUACAAAUACAAAGAAACAAAAAUGAGAAGAAAUGACUUUCGUAUUACUACAUCUAAUAAUGAUGUUACUACCUUUGUAUCGUUAGACCAAAACCCUCUAAUGGCCGUACUCAAGCUUUUAUUAACGCGUAAUCAGUAAUCUUUGAACUCUUAUAAUUCCCGAUUGCCACUCUUGUUGAGUUUGGUUGCAAUAUUUUUAUAUAUAUGUAAGAAUGAAAUACAUAUGCAUCUUUUAUUGUUAACGAGACACCUAAUUCUUACACUUUGUCAAUUUAACAAAUACAUCCUUGUAAUUUUUUUUUAUUUUUUAUCAAUAGCUCACUUGCAUUGUUCAAGGAACAUAGAUAUAAUGUUCAAACUACAGACCUCACACAAGAGCGAUAAUCAAACCCCAAAAUACCAGCAGGCAACAAAAAAAAGAGCCUUUUUACCCAUCAUAUGGGUCACCAGAUUGCUCUCCCUACCAAGAGAACACACUUUAAACCAAUGAAAAACUACCUUCAACUGAAAGAUUUCCUCAAAAGUUCCUCCUCGUCGAGCAUCAUGACGCACCUCCCUAACAAACCUGUCAAUAACAACCUUGACGUCCCCACGAAACUCCACUGACGACAAACUCUUCAACAAGGUCCACCGCAAUGCAUCUCGAAACGCGAGUAACUCCACAAAAAACGUAUCAGUCUGACCUGCAUAAAAGAAGAAAAUCCCCCUAAUCAUCCAUCACCACCACUACUGCAACCCUAUGUGAAUUCAUCACAUAGGGUUGCAGUCUGACCUGCAUAAAAGAAGAAAAUCCUCCUAGUCAUCCAUCACCGCACCAUCCACGUAACAAACUAAUGACAAAUACGUCCUUAUAUUUCUGGAUCCAUUGUGAGCUUUUCCCCAUUUAAUUAUAGUCUAACUCCACGAUUCUGGACAAAGUGUGUAACAUAGGAACUACAAAUGCUAGUUUGUUAAAACUCAUGAUACAGUGAUGAAUUGGAUAAAAUACCAUAGUAUAUAAUAUAUGACUGAAAAUGUCGACCUACCUAAUGCCGGUUUCUAUUUUUCUUUGUACCUAAAUGCCGGUUUCAAGAAUACAAACAAGUAGGAUAAAAAUAAAAAUUAAACUGUAAACAAGGUUCUCAAUUAAAUAAAUAAACAAUUUCAUGCUAAAAUAAUAACAACGAAGCAAUCAGCUGUCAUCUCUUUUCAGGGGAAAAAGAUAAAAUGAAACCACCUUGCUCCUUUCCUCCGUCAACCAAAACAGCUCUGUCUUUCCUUUCUCUCUCUCCCUGUCUUCCACUCACUCUGAUCUCUUCUCCCAGGCAGCAGCCAUGGCCGUGAAAUCCAACGAUGGCGGCGGGCCAGCAGCUCCGUCGCCCGCCUUCGUGGAUACAGUCGCCGAAAUCAUGAGGCUCUACAGAUCCCUCCCUCCGAGGCCUUCUAUCGACGAAGUGGAGGCCGCCGUCGCCGUGGUCAAGUCCAUCCAAAACGAAGAGCAGGCGAAGCUAGAAGAAAUCUCCAAACACCAGCGCCCGCCAGAUGUGCCAGAGGAGCUCUUCGCGCUGCUGCAGCAAGUGAGGAGGACGGUGUCUGUUCACCAGUGCCGUGAGCAGAGCAGAGAGGCGGCUCGGUUGGUGGAACUCGACGAGAUGUUCGAGAUGCUCGGUGGGUUGAUCCAGCGAGCUUCUUUGCUUGUCUCUGGCGAUUCCCAGGUGGAGAAAUCGGCCGGAUUCGACGACCCAGUUGCCAAAAUUGCCAAGGAAACUGGCCUUGUGACGGAGAAAUUGGUUGAGGCUGGUGGUGAACUAGGUACUGAUGAGCUCAAGGCCUUGGGUAGAAGCUCUUCCACUAGGGCUGCUUUCUUCUCAGGUGAAGUGAACUCCAACGAGAAACUAAGCCUGCUGAAGGUGGCAGCAAUGAUAGAGAACUCUGCGAAAUCAGGAGCUGAAACAAUCGAUCUCAGAGGCAAACUAAUGGACCAAAUCGAGUGGCUUCCAACCUCAAUCGGCAAACUAUCAUCCACCACUGAGCUCGACUUAUCCGAGAACAAAAUCAUUGCACUCCCGCCAUCCAUCUCCAACCUCAAAUCAGUAACCAAGCUCGAUCUCCACUCGAACCAGCUGAUGAAUUUACCGGACUCAUUCGGUGAGCUGAUCAAUCUAACCGACCUCGACCUCCACGCGAACAACCUCAAGUCGCUCCCACCUUCAAUUGGCAACCUGAAGAACAUGGUCAACUUGGACUUGAGCUCGAAUCACUUCACUUCAUUGCCUGACACCAUUGGCGACCUCACAAAGCUCAAGACGCUCAUCGCCGAGACCAACGAGCUCGAGGAGCUCCCUUACACAAUCGGAAACUGCUCGUCUCUCACCGAGCUGAGAUUAGACUUCAACAACCUGAAAGCUCUCCCCGAGGCAGUUGGCAAGCUUGAAUGCUUAGAAGUUCUGACUCUGCACUACAACAGGGUCAAGAGCUUGCCUACCACAAUGGGGAACCUGUUGAAUCUGAAGGAGAUAGAUGUGAGCUUUAACGAGCUCGAGUAUCUGCCCGAGAGCCUGUGUUUCGCUGUGCAGCUGAAGAAGAUCAAUGUAGGUAAGAACUUUGCGGAUUUGAGAGCCCUGCCCAGAUCGAUUGGAAACUUGGAGAUGCUCGAGGAGUUGGAUAUAAGCGAUGAUCAAAUAAGGGUGUUGCCAGAUUCCUUCAGGUUCCUGUCAAAAUUGAGAGUCUUUCAUGCUAAUGAAACACCUCUUGAAGUUCCCCCUAGAGAAGUAUGCAAAUUGGGAGCUCAGGCAGUUGUGCAGUACAUGGCCGACCUUGUUGCUAGCCGGGACGCGAAAUUGCUGGCUCCGGAGGAGAAGAAAGGUCUGUGGUUAAGGCUCUGCUUGUUCUGUUUCCCAUUCCUCAGUAAUACUUCCAAAUGAAAAAGAACUGCCGUUCAUCAUGUACAGAUCGUUAUUCAAUCUAGUAAUGCUGGGGAUGGUUUCUUUUCGUUUUACAGAAGCCUCUUACGACAUGAACCGCCGAUUUCUUCUUCUUCUUCUUCUUCUUCUUCUUAUGGGGUUUCUUAAUUUAUUUUGUUUGAUGACGAACAGAACAACAACACGUUGGCUGUCUAUACUUAUGAAUAAAUAUCAGUGCCUUCAUUUCUCUUCCCAAUACACUAAUAAUUAGGUUUUGUCAAUUUCUAUAGUUUGCUGUUACGAGGAUGACAGAAUGGUAAAUAUGCUGGUGGUUUUGGACGAGGAUGUAUCUUAUGCUCAUUGCCAAUUAUAGAGAAUACCAACCAUGAUGAUGAGGUUGUGCAUUAUUCAUAGUUAUAGUGAUCAAGAGUUUAGCCUAAUUUUGGAGAAAGGUAACGAAAAACGUCGUCUUAAUGUACUUACGUAUUAGAUAGGAUUAGAUAGCAUGAUAUUUCUUUUUCUCCCUACCUAUUUUCGUGGGGAAAAGGCGUUUAUGUUCAUUUCAUGAGCUCAAAAUGAGUCAGUUCAUAAGUUCAGCUCAAAAUGUCACCAAAUUGAGCUAUCUCACAAGCCUUUCAAGCUCGACAUAUCACCAAACUGAGCUAUCUCACAAGCCUUUCAAGCUCGACGUCUUAGUAAACAAAUAGAGUUUCGAACAAAAAAAAAGUUCGAGCCGAAUUUCGAGUUGGAAUAGCUCAUCUCAUUCGCCGUCGUCCUAGUCCAGAUCUAAUUAACAUAAAGAAAGAAUUACCAUUUCCUACAGUCUAAACGGACGCCACCUGUCAAGUUAUCUUUUCGAAAACUACAUCUGUCGAGCAAUGAAGAGAAAAGAAAAAGUCAAUCUAGAGAAGGGGACAAAGAAAGUGGCAUUAUCUGUCUCAGUGCAAUUAUUUGGAUAAGGUUUCUGUUGGGAGAGACGUGAAAAAUAAAAUGGGCCGACGUGGAAAUAUAUUGAGCUAAAUUUGCUGCUGGAGGCCCAUAUGCUUCCACAUUGGUUGUCUGCUAUCCCGAGAUUAGACCCAGUUGGCCAGCUGUUCUUGCCGCCGACACCCGGUAAUUAUUUUACUCUUUAAUGUUCGAUGAAAAUAUCGAAGUAAUCAAAAUAAUUGUUCAAAAUAAUGAAGGAAUGAUUAAAAUUCUGGAUAUUAGAUUUAGUUCCGGAUUUCUUUGCUCCCAUGCAUAUGUAUAUCAAUAAUAAUAAUAAUAAUAAUAAUAAUAAUAAUAGUAGUAGUAGUAGUAGGACGGCUAGAUUUUAUUUUAAUCUUGAAAUAUUGGUUAAUUGAGUGUUUCUUUUAUAAAUAUUAAUUGAGCGUUUGAUUGAAUGCAUUUUUAUAGGUGAUGCAUGUUAUACCACAUGGAAGAGAGUAAUUGUAAGUCAUGAUCCUUCAAUUUUUUUUUGUUAUUAAAUGGUAACCCUGUUGAUGAUUAAUCAACUGGUAAAAUUUUAGAGACCCUUGAUCGGAAAGUGUGAGGUCAUGUGUUCGGCCCAACUUAAAGUCAGCUAUGGUGUUUCCGGAGGCACCAAAAAAGAAUCUUAGUGGAGGGCCCAAAGCACUCAAGCAGGUGAACCCCUAGUUUUAAUCUUUCUCCGCCAUCGUUCUAGUGGUUAAAUAAAAAAUAAUUUUUACAAUAAACACGAGAAAGUUGAACGUGCAAACAUUGUAUCAUACAUUAUAUUUCAUGACAAUAUGAGAAUGGGACUAUUUAUUAUAUAUCAUUACCAAGCUAGGAACCUCCUUGUUUACGUGAUUGUUAACGAAAUAAUAACAAGGAUUACCAGAAGAAUUCAAAGUUUAGUUCAGAUUACACCAAGAUGAUUUUAUGUCUAAUAGCUAUAGGCAAGCAAUAUAGAUAAGUAAACAACAACAAAUUAAAACUUAUAGUUGAAUCGUUUAUUGUUUACUUGUUAUAUUUGCAUUCACACCUUUUUUUUUUUUUUUUUUUGCUAGCUAAUAGUUCGCCGGCAUUUCCCAUGGCUGGCUGCUAUGAAAAUGAAGGUGGCCGUGCUGUUUAUAGCUUAACGAGAAAGUUCACUAGAAGAAAACAAACGAUAAUUAAUUAGCAUUGUCCAAUAAUUAAUUCAUAAAUAAAGGCUACUAGCUCUAGCAAGAAAAAAUUAAAUAAAUUCGGAUUAUUGAAAGAAAUAAAAACCCCAACUCCCCAAUUACUAUAGCACAAGACUGCUUUUACUGUAGUUUUAGACUCAGUUUUACUGUUACAUCUUGGCGUGGGAUUGGCUGUGGCGGGUGCACGUAUUCUCUGGUUGGUUUCGAAUUAUUGGUUUGCUUUGAACUACUGACACCACGUUUGGUUUCGCCUCUCUCCUAUUUUGGUCGGCCCUUUCUCGCAUUGAUCAUGCGGGAACAAACUAAUUCCAGCGACUAUUUUGUGAUUGGGGUUCUUAAUAGUAGGCAGGGUUAGUGGGGUGGGGUGGUUUGCUUUCACAGUGUUCAAGACGAUAGAACGUUUUGAAUUUGAUAGGCUGGGAAAUAUUAUCAGGCACAAUGCCCAUAAAGGGCGCUAUGCUCGAGAGAACCGUCAAUCAUUCAGUCAGCCGGGGGAGAAAAGUGGCCAGUUGGUGCGGCUUUCUUAGCGAGAGAAGUUAAGACGUCGGUUCUCUUUCAUCAUCUAUCGAUUCUCUCUUUCCCACCUUUCUCUUCUUGCGUUUCUGGUUUUAAGCUCUCGUGUUCUCCUUCCUCUCUCUUCCCGGCUUCUCUCUCUCAUUUUCUCUCUUUUGGCUUUCCUCAACUAUCCUCUUACGAUGGACAAAGACGGAAGAGAUCGUUAGGCCCUGGAGAAGAUUCAUAUCCUACAGUUCUGCCUUUGAUUCGAGUAUUUCUUCCUUCUUUCCUUUUGUUCUGAAAGUGUAUGUUGUAUCUCUUUCCAUAGGUUUUUUUUUUUUGGAAUCAUACUUAAUCUAUGGUGGGUUUUUUGGUUUUGUGUAGAUGAAGCCGAACAAAGUGAAGAAGUUCUCAGAUCUGACCAGGCAAAGAAAGCACUGCGCUUGCCUGUAUUUUCGAAGAAACUGAAUGCGUUGUACCCUAGCGGUGCCUCUCUUUACCUUUUUCUAUGCACAACAUUUUUCUUUUGGUGUCGGUGCACUGAUUUGUUCUCCUUUCAUAUAUUUUACUUCUUCUUCAGGGUCUGGAUCUACGACGGACAUGAACUAAAAGAUCCAAAAUGGCCGUAGUCGCAGGGUAGUGCCAACGACCUAAAACUCACAGUAGUUCCUUCCCCCCAAUUUUUCCACCCAAUUUUUCUUUUAUGAUAUGUGACUUGUGUUUGUCGCUUUUGUUGUCAUUCUUGUGUUUCGAAGGUUGAUGAUGGGCCUGGGAUUUGGACGAGUCUAAGUGGCAUACCAUAUUGUUGAAGACGUCUAUCAAUUCAACCGGUGAGUUUCUCCUACUCUGAGCCUCUCUCCAGCUCUCUCCCUCUCUCUCUUCUAGCUUUGAUUUCUUUUUCCUUCAUAGACUUACUUCUUAGUCUACGCUUUUGUUAGGCUGAGUCACUUUGGCAGAUGGGGAUAACAAUCGUCUUACUUCAGAGGUUGUGGAGCAGUGAUAUGACCCAUCGAUUCGGAACUCCCUUGAGGUUAGCAUCUACUCCAAGUUCUUUUUAUAUUUAAGUUUUUGGAAUCUUUCUUACUAAAUGCGGAGCUGAGAAUAUAUUGUUUGUUUCCAUUCCUAAUAGAUUUUCAAGUUCUCAAUCCAGUGAGUCUAUGUUGGACAAGCUUGAAAACUUUUCUUUCAAGGUGCAAGCGCUCAUUCUCUCAAUGAUUUUUUAUGUUUAAAUUUCUGAUGCUCAACUCAGAUCCAAUGACAAAUGGUUGUACUUUUAAGUUCCUUUCUGGUGGAAGAGUGGUUGCUGCAAGUUAUCAUUUUUUUUGUUUAUUAUGUAAUCUCGGUAAUCUAUUGAAUUAUGUUGUUUGUAAUGUGAACUUGUGUUACUUUCUCUUCUACUGAGAAGCUAGGAGUCGCCAUGUUACAUUAGUAAAGCCCCAUUAUGCAUAGUUCUGUUGUGCUUCUAUUGAAAGGAAAUUGCAACUCUGCCUGUGGAGCUGACAUCUUCUAAUUGAGGGUUAAUGUACUGAUCUGUCUGAAACACUUUAAUCUUCUAAUAGUUAGUUUCUAUGUGGUUUGCUCAUAUAAGCUUUGUGUGCUUCUUUGUUAGGCUGGUUGGUGUGUAUAUGGAAUGAUGCUUAUGAAAUUUGUUUUUUAUCCCUAUGAUUGGCCAAACGUGGGUGAUAGAAGCUUUUAUCCCACAUAAGUCUUGGUUGAUUGCCUAUUGAUUAGGACAGGUUUCGUUCUUUCUUUCAAUGGGAGAAAAGUUUGCCCACUGAAGGGGAAGAUCAAAACGAUAUCUACCAUGUUAUAAGGUUUUAUUACUCAUGUGCCCAACCAUAACUUGCAAGUGGAUGCUCCUGUUCGAACUAAGAACCUAUUGGUUGAAGUUUUUGUAAACAUAUGAGGUCUGAUUUUGUUGGACACUGACCUCGGCUUUGAGCAUGAUUUGAUUCAUUAUUAUGUUAAUAUAGUUACAAAUUGAAA